AUGGACCAAGAGCAAUUGAAGGAAGAUGUGGUCAAAGCCAUAAGAGGGCUUCUGAUUUCCUCAAAGGCAAAAACAAGUCUCAGGCAACUUGAACGUGACUAUAGAACUGUGUUAGGAGAUAGAAUUCCUUAUGGCAGACUGGGAUUCAGGAAUUUGGAACAAUUCAUUUCCUCUGUACCUACUUUGGUACUCAGUGAGAUGAAUGGGGAACUUUUUGUAGUUCCCAAAGUGUUACAGCAGUCUGCUCACAUUGCAGAAAUGGUGCACUACCAAAAGGCUGAUAAGAAGAAGAACCCCAAAACUCUGCGAUUCCCUCCGAAAUAUGCGCCGAAAUUCUCCAAACCCGCCCCGGCCACCAGCAAUUGGCGCCCCAACCACACGUCUUCGCCUCGCAAACACUACCAGACGUCAUCUAGGCCGGCCGCCGUCUCUCACAACCAGUUCCUCAGCUACCACCGGCCGUCUGUGCCGUCCAAGGUCGUCAUACCCGAGCACUCGACGAUCAAAGCCGAGCACUCGACGAUCAAAGCCGAACACUCGACGAUCAAAGCCGAACACUCGACGAUCAACGGGCCGACGCAGAACGUGAUGGCGGUGCGUGGGAACAGGACUGCGCACAGGACGGAACACCAGGGGGGCAAGAUGGCGCAGAGCGAGCCGGUCGUCAUCACUCCCGAUCGGAGUGUGUAUGUCAACGGGAGUUCCAUGACGAUACAAACCAACGUGUCGAACUCUAGUAGCACCAAGCAUUCCGAAUCGAACAACAGCUCGGAAGGAUGUUCGGUGUUGUCGCACACGAAGAAGCGUAUAACGAGAAUGAUGUCGGAGAUCAGCGUGGUCAAAGACAGGGACAGCGGGAACAGCAGUCCCACCGACGAAUCGAACGUGACGGCCAGUGCUUCUAUCAUCGGCGGCUUGGGCAUGGUGUCCAAUGCCCUUCAGUUACCGCUUUCCACUAGGGGCAUAGAAUACAUACAGACGGGAGAUCCAAUAAUCGAUCUGAAGAAAUUCGCUGAGCUUUACAAAUUAGGUGAUGUGGAAAUUUCCACCAAUCUGAUCAAAACGAAACAGAAUAGAUUGCACACUUGCAAAAUCAAGGUUGGUAGUAAAAUUUACACUAGUUACCCCAAAGAAUUUAGUAAUGAAUGGGAGGCCAAAAAAUAUUGUGCCUCUGCAGCUUUCAAUGAUCUGCAUUCGAAGCAUGAUAGACGAAAAUGUUUGCUGGUGUCCAGUGAUACAGACAUAUUGAACAGAAUACCACCUCUUCUUGAAAAGCACAAUCAUGGGAUUUGGAACUGGCAGCUUCAAUUAGAUUAUGCAGAUAUGUACAGUGAGCAGUUACCAUCAGAUUGGCUGAAAACCAUCGACAGUAGUCCUUGCAUCCAAAUCGAAAAAUGCUCGGACAAUUAUGUACUGAGACAUUGCAAACCUGAAGACAAAAACAGGUCGUGGAGCACCUUCAAGACCCUGUCGGACGUCUCGGUGCCCUCCAACACCGUCCAGUUCCAGGAGGACGGGAAACUGUUUGCCGAGGUCACGUGCGUCAUGUCGGCCAAUGAGAUUUGGUGUCGGCAGUGUUCCACACCGGAGAGCGAUGCGUUCAAUCGGAUGGUGGAGCAAAUGGAAGAGUUCUAUUCCACGCACAAGGACAGCCUGCGAGCCGAGAAAAUCAACGCGGCCGGCUACUACGUCACCGAAUUCGAGAGCCAGUGGUACAGGGUACGCGCCGUCGCAGUGGGGGAGAGCGACGUCUCCUGCUUCUUCAUCGACUACGGGGACGAGAUGUUCGUCCCGAACGAUAGCAUUUUCAAGCUGAAAAGAGAGUUCGCCAAAUCGCAAGCUCAGGCAUUCGUAUGUCGAUUGGUUGGCUUGGAAGAAUUGUAUGAAAUUUCCCACACUUCGGAAGUUCUUCAGUCGAUUUCGUACACUCAAGUUAUCUUGGAACUCUCACGUGAGAAUGUCGGUAUUGAUGAGAAUGAUCUCAGCUUGCCCAUUUUCAUGUACAAUUUCGAAACGGGCAAAUCAAUCAAUGAGGAAUUGAUACAUCUUUUGACAAUCGAAUCUGCGUUACCUGUCAUUCAAAAGGAAACGAUAACUGAAGUUUUUGUCUCGCAUAUUGAAAGCAACGGCGAUGUGUAUGUCCAGGUGCGCUCACAGGGAUUUUUGAAGCUACAGUCGCAUUUGACAGAUCUAGAAGCCUUGGUCAUUACUGAUCCUCCUACACAUCUUAUAUCACCAAUAACGAAACAGAACAGCGAAGGUAAACUGUAUUUCGGAAAAUGUAAAGCAGACGGCAGUUGGUGCCGGAUCCAAGCGAUCGAUUGGUCUCCGAAAGAAGAACUAGCUCAGAUCUACUUCGUCGACAUCGGUAGUACCGAUGUCAUCAAUGUGACGGAAGAGGUUUUGUACCCUCUGGAAAAGUUGAGCGACAUCCUGAGCCAGUAUCCUGCUCAGGCUGUGAAGGUGAAAAUGGCCGUAGACGAGAUUCCCGAUGAUUUUCUGACUUUAUCGAAGAAAGCCAUGCCCGAAGAUCAAGCCGUCCUUAUGAAAAUAAUCGGCGAAAAUGUGGAGAACAUACCGCUCGCUGAGUUUUUCAGAAGGAACUCGGACGGAGGCCUAUUUUGCAUUAACAAAUCGAUCAGCAUGGAGGCAGAAAUCAAAAAAGGCGAUGGCAAUAAUAAUAUGAAAAACUCCAAAAGGACUUUCCAACAUCUAGAUGGUGCUCUGAAAAACGUCCCGUCCGGCGGUAAACUGUCACCCCCCAUCAUCCCCGCCAAGGGGGAGCUGUUCGAGGUGCACGUGCCGUUCGCCGUCAAUCCGUACAACUUCUUCGUGCAGCCGUUGGAGUCGCGCCAGAAGCUGCACCGGAUGAUGGAGCGGUUGCAAGAGCGGUACAAGGACGUCCUGUACAGUCCGCUGCUGGUCGACCAGAUCGUGCCCGGCAACAUUUAUGCCUCCAAGUUCGAGGACGGCAAUUGGUACAGAACCAAUGUAUUGAAGGUGAUCCAUUCGGGAUCAAUUUCAGUGUUUUACUGUGAUUAUGGGUACUAUGGGAGUUUGACGGUACAGCAAUUGAUUCCUCUCGAUUUUGAGUUUUUGGAGUUACCUUACCAGGCACUCAAAGCGAAGCUAUGUGACGUGGUACCGAAAAACUCCAAAUGGACCAUGGAAGACUGCGAUCAUUUCAAGGAGCUAGUGGAGAAAAAGAACUUCUACUCGUGGCUGAUCGACAUCGAAAAGGACCAGCUGUACGAGUCCGAUCUCGUUCUGAAACUGAGGCUCAUCGACACCCGGUAUAUAUUUUCCUUAUAUUUGAAAUUCGUCAUUCGCGAAUAUUAUCUCUUGUUUUCUAUGCAAAAUAGGUUUCCAUUUCAUAUUUGCUAUAGGUACAUCUACACAAGGUGA